AUGCCGUCUCGAUUUGAACGCUACCCGCCUGUCCCUCCGACUUCUGGCACCGCCGCCAUUCCCUUACAAUCCUCACACAUCCCUGGACCGGGAAGUAGCUCAAGCCGCCCAGUCCGGCCUCCCAAUGCUCCGAAUAUGGACCCGGUAAAUGGCAGCGCGCCGAAGGACACAUAUCACCAAGGACACUCUCGUUCGAUCAGCAAUCCGUUCGCCGGAUUUGGUCGAAAGCGGGAUAAGACAGCCCCCAAGUAUGAGACUUGGGAUUCGGAUGAUGAAGACGAUGACGAUGUGACCUUCCUCAGGGUGCCCCAGUCGACAAGUCCCCGGAAAGGUGGAAGUCGUGGAGGAUCGGCGAAUGAUCUCACCGAGGGUAAAUGCCAAACCUGCGAUGCUACAGUCCGGUGGCCCCGGCACUUGAAGGUGUUUAGGUGCACCGAUUGCCUGAUGAUUACAGACCUCGAACCGGAAAUUGGUGAAUCAAGGGACUUGGGUGGCCACGGCCGGGAGAAACCCGAAGGAUCUCAGGGCGAGCCAUCCAAGUUAAGAAGCAAAGUACUUCCUUUGUCGGCCAAUCAAACUCGCGGCAUGAUUGACGGAUGUCUCAACAUGUAUUUCGAUACCCUCUUGGACAAUGGCUCUCGGUCGUGGUUGUCGCAGGACGACAACAAACUGGAGAAACCGCUGCCUGAUCUGCCGCCUUUGCAAGGCUUUGACUUUGGCUCAAAUCAUCUAUCAGUCCCACAUGCUGGAAAUGCUAGAAACCGUAGUUUUUCUCAGUCCAGUGAACAGGAACCUGUUGACGCAUCCAAAGAGAAUGCGGCUUGUUUGGCAACACAGGCUGUUCAAUGGGAGGAAAAUGACAUGCAAGCCAGAGCUUGCGGCAGUUCAGACAUUCAAUCACCACUGAAACCAGACCCUCGUCAACAGUGUAGCUCACAAGGUGAUAAAGUGGAGCUUCAAAGCCGCGAGACUCGGUCAUACAUAUUCGACCGACUGGAAAAUACCAUCAUCAAUGCUUUUAAGGGCUAUGAUUGCCUUAACCAAUCUUUCACUACACAUCCGCCCCCUCGAUCAGCUCGAUCAGCCAGUAGUGGUAACCCGCCGAGAAUGAGGAUGGAGCCAAUUGUGAUGCCUGAGCCUGCAACCGAUGCACCUGUUUUUGAACCAGACGCUAAAACCUUGCUCCUGGGGGAUUUGAGCGAGAACUCGGCUUGGUGGAUGAACGAAUGGGCCGAGAACGAAGGCCAAAAUCCCUCUUAUUCUAAAGAAAAAGUCGACUCUCCGAAAUCUCGGAUGGUAUCAUCUCGAAGUCCUCGGAUCAACUGGGCUGAGGUAGCUCAGUGGUAUCAUUUUGUUUUGUCUGCAGGAUCCUCUUGGUCUGAGCAAUGGGCAGCUAAAAAGCCCAACCCAACACGCUCAGAAGCAGAUUUAAUGCGGGCCAAGAGAUGGGCAGCUAUUGAUCCGUCCUUGAUUGGAAGAAAAGUCAACGAGUCUCGCUCACAUUUGCAGCGCACACUUUUGAAGGCCACCGAGAACCUUCUUAAACGCCCGCGCCGUGUCUUGAAGCGACCGGAAGAUACCAGAUUCUUGUUCAUCUUGCUGGCGAAUCCCAUCUUGUCUUCGCCUGCAUCUUACCCCCAGUACACAAUGGCCUCGACGUCACAUCGAGAAGAAAGGCGCCCAUCACAUCCAAAAGACUACUCGAAGCCGUUAAUCAGAGACGGGAAAACAUCGCACAAAGAGCCACCUAAGCAAUCAUCUCGCCAAGAAAAUUCCAGUCACCACUAUGGUCUUAUCAAGCGAAUUUUGGGACUCAUGUCUAACUUGCCCAAUGACUGCCAUCACUAUUUCGUGUCUUGGGCUUCACGUUUCUCUGUCAAACAUUUCGAGCGGCUGGUAGAUCUUAUCGGUGGGUUCCUUACCUAUCGGCUUAGUCGCCAGCAUGGACGAAAACGCCCCGAAAAGCCACAGAGCGGAGAUGAUCUAGUUCCAAGUUUUGCCAGCGCUUCGGGAAACACUCCCGCGGAACUUCAUGCUGCUCUCAACCGAAGAGGGCCGAACAAAAAGCCUGCCAAGGAAACUGACACUCCCAUCAUAUACACAGAGGAUUGGCAGAUUAGAGCGGCAACUAGAGUCAUGUCGCUUUUUUUCACAGCGAACAUCUCUACGGCAACGAAGAAGUCUGAUGGAUCUCCCCGCAGCCUUGAAGCGCCCAAGAGCCCAGGGCCCCGGCAAGGCCACAUGAUUCCUAUUAGUACCUUUUAUAGCACCUUGUUGGAUUAUUCGGACCUUGUGGCUGACUUCGAGACCUGGGAGUCCAAAAGCUCGAAAUUUUCCUUCUGUCAAUAUCCAUUCCUCCUCAGCAUUUGGGCCAAAAUCCAUAUUAUGGAACAUGACGCACGUCGCCAAAUGGAAGCCAAGGCCCGCGAUGCUUUCUUCGAUAGCGUUCUCGGCCAUCGGGCGGUUAGUCAGUACCUGGUGUUGAAGGUACGACGUGAAUGUCUGGUCGAAGACAGCCUCAAAGGGGUAAGCGAAGUUGUCGGCACCGGCCAAGAAGAAAUCAAGAAGGGUCUUCGCAUUGAGUUUUUGGGAGAAGAAGGCAUUGAUGCAGGUGGUCUGCGCAAGGAGUGGUUCCUUUUGCUUGUCCGAGAGGUUUUUGACCCGCAUCACGGACUCUUCAUCUACGAUGAUGAUUCGCAAUAUUGCUACUUCAAUCCAUAUUGCUUCGAGUCUUCCGAACAGUUCUUUUUGGUCGGAGUUCUUUUGGGCCUCGCUAUCUACAACUCAACUAUCCUUGAUAUUGAUCUCCCACCGUUUGCAUUCAAGAAGUUGCUGGCCUUGGCACCGCACAGCAGUGGGCCGCAAACUUCUAUCUCUUCACGUUCAAGUUUUAAGUGCACACUGGAAGAUCUUGCUGAAUAUCGACCGGCCCUCGCCAAAGGACUCCGGGGUUUAUUGGAAUUCGAAGGAGAUGUAGCUGAAACUUUCUGCUACGACUUUGUCGCCCAAGUUGACCGCUACGGUGAAGUCGUCAAUGUCCCACUCUGCGCAAAUGGCGAAAACCGACCAGUGACUAACGCCAACCGACGCGCAUUUGUGGACUUGUAUGUCAGCUAUCUGUUAGACACAGCUGUCGCCCGCCAAUUUGAACCCUUUAAACGCGGUUUCUUCACCGUCUGCGGUGGCAAUGCACUAUCGCUUUUCCGGCCAGAGGAGAUCGAAUUGCUAGUCCGCGGCUCAGACGAGCCGCUUGACGUGAACUCUCUCCGGGCCGUGGCUACCUAUGACAACUGGCUACACCCGCGACCAGACUCAGUGCCCGUGGUGCGAUGGUUCUGGGAAUUCUUCGAGAACUCAUUGCCUCAAGCGCAGCGGAAAAUUCUAUCUUUCAUCACAGGCAGUGAUCGUAUCCCUGCAAUGGGGGCUACGAGCCUCGUCAUUCGGCUCGCUUGUCUUGGUGAUGAGACUAACCGUUACCCGAUUGCGCGUACGUGUUUUAACACGCUGGGCCUAUAUCGGUACCCCUCUCGAGAGAAAUUACAGCUGCUGCUCUGGGAUGCUGUUGUUAACAGUGAAGGAUUUGGCUUGAAGUGA